ACACAGAAGAAGCCGCGCGCUCCACCUCCGCACGUGCGAAAACAACUUCCAGCCUGCAGUCAUGGGGAGGCGGCGGCAGAAAAAGCAGCUUUUCACGAAUUUGUCCAAAAAACAGAAGAAACACCUGAAGGAGUUUGGAGAGGAGCAUCCGUUUCACGACGUUGUGAAUGAAAAACCGGAAAGGACCCAGAUUGUGGACCUGCCAUCAAGCCCAGAACAAUCCGACUCAGAACCUGAGAACAGGAUAGAGGAUGAAGAAGAGGAGGAACCAGAGCAACAAACAGCCUAUCAGAAGCUUCUUUCCACCCUGGGCGAACCCUCAGCUGAUGCCCAGAACCAGGAGGAAGAAAGCAGCAGCGAUGAGGAGGAAGAGGAGGAGCUCCUCUAUGAAGUAGAGGGCAGCGAUGAAGCUGAGGAAGGAGGAGGGGAAGAAAACGAACAAGAGGUGCCUGGAGAUGAAGAGGAGGGGGUAAAUGAAAAGGAGGAGGUGGCAGGAGAUAAAGAGUUUGAGGACAAGGAGCACGAGUCUGCAUUCAGUCUGGAGACAAACUUCAUGGAAAGAGGAGAACAGGAUGAAACCGCUGCACCUUUGAAGAACAGUAAAGACCUGUUUUUAGACCACCUGAAUACCGAGCUUACUGAAGAGGAUGUGAAUAAAAUUACAUCUGGCAGCAAAUCCAAAACUCAGAUCACGUGGCCAAAAUUGGGAAAUCUUCUCUGCACCAAUCCUCUUGAAAGGUUCGGCCCCAUCGGCCCACAGAAGGACACGGACCUCACUGAUUUCCAUAAACUUUUAGAGAGCAGCUGGAAAGAUCUGAACCGGUCAUUCAAUCCUAAAGGACCGGCCGAAGAGAUCAGCCCACUCCAGCUGGAGCUGCUGGCCCUCAUGGGGUCCUACAAGGAUCUGUAUCUCCCAGAUACGUGCCCUCUUAAGCAGGGCCCUUAUGUGCGCAGUGCAUACUGCCUCCAUGUUCUCAACCACGUCCUGAAGGCCAACUCCAGAGUCCUGGCCCAUAACACCCAGCUGAGAGAGAAGAAGACUCGGGCUAAAGCUGGAGCUGAGCCACAAGAUGAACCCAGAGACCAGGGACUCACCAGGCCAAAGGUCCUGAUUCUGGUUCCGUUCCGGGGCGGCGCACUCCAAGUCGUCCACACGCUCAUCAGCCUGCUGGAGACCAAAGGCAAGAAGAUCACCGUCAGCAACAAGAAGAAGUUCAAGGAGGAGUUUGGAGAGGCGGAGGAUGAAAAACCAGCCAACCUGCGCAGACCCGAUGAUUAUCACGCCAUCUUCUCCGGCAACGUGGACGAUCACUUCAGGAUAGGUGUGUCCAUAGUGAGGGGCAACAUGCGUCUCUACGCCCCCUUCUACUCGUCAGACAUCAUCAUCGCGUCUCCGCUGGGCCUUCGGACGGUGCUGGGAGCCGAAGGGGAGAGUAGGAGGGACUACGACUUCCUGUCAUCCAUUGAGCUGCUGGUGCUGGAUCAGACCGACGUCUUCCUCAUGCAGAACUGGGAGCAUGUCUUGCAUGUGAUGACGCACAUGAACCUGCAGCCGCUGGACGCGCACGGCGUCGACUUUUCCAGAGUUCGCAUGUGGAACCUGAACAACUGGGCCAGACACUACAGACAGACGCUGGUGUUCAGCUCCGUCCAGGACCCGCAGAUCAACAACAUCCUCACUAAACACUGUGCCAACUACAGAGGACAGAUUACCGCAAAAAAUAUGCCAAAAACGGGCUCCAUCUGCCAGGUGCUGGCUCAGCUGCCUCACGUAUUCCAAAUGUUUUCAUCCGACAGCUUCAUGGAUCAGGAUGCUCGGUUUCAGUUCUUCGUUGAGCAAGUGCUUCCUCAGUACAGGGACUCGGUCAUGUCCCACACUCUGAUUUACAUCCCGUCCUACUUUGACUACGUCCGGCUGCGAAACCACAUGAAGAAAGAGGAGAUGAACUUCGCCUCCAUCUGCGAGUAUUCCAGCAAGUCGGAGGUCUCUCGAGCGAGGCAUUUCUUUCAGAAAGGAGAAAAACAGUUCCUGCUCUUCACCGAGCGCUUCCACUUCUACAAGAGGUACGCCAUCAAAGGGAUCAAGAACCUGAUAUUUUACGGACUCCCCACCUUCCCCCACUUCUACAGCGAAGUGUGCAACAUGCUGGCAGCAGGAGGUCAGGGGGAGGAGGCCAGCUGGACCUGCACUGCCCUCUACUCUCGCUACGACGCCCACAAGCUGGCCGCCAUCGCCGGAGCCCAGCGAGCUGGACAGAUGCUGCACUCCAACAAAAACGUUCACCUUUUUAUCACUGGAGCGGAGGACAAAGUCUGAGCAGAUAGCAGCCCAAUAAAUCUGCUUAUUAAAGUGUAUUUUUAUUGAUAUGUUGUGACUCGUUCACUUUCAAUAGCAAAUAUUUAUUGGUUUAUUGGCUUUGUUAGUGUUUGUGACGGGACCAUAAAUAUAAACUUCCCAAAACAUCAUAGUCGUCAUAGCUGUUAAGAUGUGUUGAUUAUCAGGGAAGCAUUUACUUAUCUGUUUGUUGGUUAAUAUGCUUUGUUUUGGAGCUGAUUGAAUGGUUUUAUGACUCAGAUGUAUCAAAGGUGUAAAGUAUGGAAGCCUGUUUGUACCAACAGUGAAAAAGAGAUUCAGUGAUUCCCAAUAAAUGUUAUAGAUGCUGUC